AUGGUGCUCAUCAAAGAAUACCGCAUUGUUCUGCCCUGUACCGUCGAAGAGUAUCAAGUUGGGCAGCUGUACUCUGUGGCGGAAGCCAGCAAGAAUGAGACCGGAGGAGGAGAGGGCAUAGAGAUUUUAAAGAACGAGCCCUAUGAAAAGGAUGGCGAGAGAGGACAAUACACACACAAAAUCUACCAUCUCAAAAGCAAAGUACCAGGCUUUGUAAAGGUUAUUGCACCUGAAGGCUCGCUGGUGUUCCACGAAAAAGCCUGGAAUGCCUUCCCUUACUGCAGAACAAUUGUAACGAAUGAGUACAUGAAGGAUGAUUUUUUCAUCAAGAUUGAGACAUGGCACAAGCCUGACCUUGGAACGCUAGAGAAUGUUCACAAAUUGGACAGUUCUACAUGGAAGUCUGUGGAGGUCACACCCAUUGAUAUUGCAGACAAAGAACAAGUAAUUCCUGGUGACUACAAGGCAGAUGAAGAUCCGGCUAUUUUUCAUUCAGUCAAGACUGGCCGAGGACCACUGGGCCCGAGUUGGAAGAGAGAGCUGGUUAAUAACCCCGACUGCCCACGAAUGUGUUCUUACAAGCUGGUGACGGUCAAGUUUAAGUGGUGGGGCCUUCAGAACAGAAUAGAAAGCUUCAUUCACAAGCAAGAGAAGAGGAUCUUCACCAACUUCAACCGUCAGCUGUUCUGCUGGAUUGAUCAGUGGGUGGAGCUCGACAUGGAGGACAUCAGAAGGAUGGAAGAGGAGACGCAGAAGGAGCUGGAGGAGCUUCGCAGACAAGGUGAAGUGCGAGGAACCAGUGCUGCUGAUGAGUGACGCCGGCCACGACUACAAAGGCUGUCCAUGACUGACCCCUCCGAACCAGGGCCGGGACAAUCACGCAAGGCUAUUCCUCAAAAUCGACAAAUGCUGAAGCGCAAAAACCUAUUUCCCAGAGGUUUCCCCCUAGGGCAGGGCUAGCCCUUGUGUUAGCUUCCUUCGCUCUUGUCUUGUCCUGCCGCCUUACUUUGGGAACAUGCCGUUCACUAGCACUCAUUGUUCCACAGAACACAGGUUCUGAAUGCACACACGAGCACACGGAUACACAAACACUGCCAGGUGUGAAUUCCUUUGGGCUGAUUUCCCAUGAGACCUUCUUUGCUUUGCUUUCUCUGCAUUUGAUCGCAUGCUUCUUCUCAAAUAUCUUUUGGCCUUUUGGGAUACUGCAGAUACGUUACAAAGUGUUCUAAGAUUAUGUUGAUGUCAAUAAACUAUUAAAAUCAACCUUUUGUUAA